AUGUCAUGGAUCGAAGUUCAAUUCCUUCGACAACCGGUCGAUGCGCUAUCCGAGUGCCGACGCACGCUCAAGUAUGCCUACGCCUUCGCCUACUACCUGGAGGCGAACAAUUUGACGACACUGUUCGAGACGAAUCAAAGUGAUCUCGAAUUGGCGACCGAGCAGCUCUCCGGGAUGUUGGAAGGCGAUUUGGAGGAUAUGGAUUUGGCCGAACUGAAGCGGAAGGUCCAAGACAAGUACCGCUACGUGAAGCUCCGCCGGAAAAAAAGUUCUGCGAGUAAUUAG